CCCACAAUAGCAGCCUAAAGGAGUUUUUUUUUUUUUUUUCGAAGCAGAGCUGGGCUGGUGGAGCCUGGCUGUUUCAAUCGAAGGGAAGGGACGCAGGACGCAGAGGGAAGAGUCUCUGCUGGGAGAGAUGAAAGAUGGCAGAGCUACAAAUGUUGUUAGAGGAAGAGAUUCCAGCUGGUAAAAGAGCGCUCGUGGAGAGUUACCAAAACCUGACCAGAGUAGCCGACUAUUGCGAGAACAAUUAUGUCCAGGCCCAGGACAAGAGGAAAGCGCUGGAGGAGACCAAAGCCUACACCACUCAGUCCCUGGCCAGCGUGGCCUACCAGAUCAAUGCCUUAGCCAAUAAUGUGCUGCAGCUGCUGGACAUCCAGGCCUCGCAGCUGCGGCGCAUGGAGUCCUCCAUCAACCACAUCUCUCAGACGGUGGACAUCCAUAAAGAGAAGGUAGCCAGAAGGGAGAUUGGGAUCYUGACUACAAAUAAAAACACGUCAAGGACUCAUAAGAUCAUAGCACCAGCCAACAUGGAGCGACCGGUCAGAUACAUCAGGAAGCCCAUUGACUACAAUGUGCUGGACGAUGUCGGCCACGGUGUUAAGUGGCUUAAAGCCAAGCAACAUGGAAACAAUCAGGCAGUCAGAGCAGGAACACUAUCGAGGACCAAUCCGCCAACACAGAAGCCUCCCAGCCCGCCAAUGUCAGGGCGUGGCACACUCGGGCGCAACACGCCCUACAAGACUCUGGAACCGGUGAAGCCACCCACAGUGCCCAACGACUACAUGACCAGCCCCGCCCGACUGGGCAGCCAGCCCGGCCAGCAGAACAGCCCGGGACGUACGGCGUCGCUCAACCAGAGGCAACGCACACACAGUGGUAGCAGCGGGGGCAGCGGCAGCAGGGAGAACAGCGGCAGCAGUGGAAUUGGCAUUCCUAUCGCUGUGCCUACACCCUCCAUCCCCAACUCUGGACCAGUCCCACCCAUGUUCGCUCCACCUCCCCCACCUCCACCUCCUCCACCUGGUCCUCCCGUGGCUGGGCUGGCCCCUCUGCCACCGCCAGCACCACCUCCGCCACCUCCACCCCUAGUGGUGGCUGCUGGGCCUGGACUGGGCCCCGCUCCAGUGUCCCAGUUUGGAACCAUGUCACGGCAGAUUUCGCGGCACAACCCCUCCAACUCCUCUGUCUCUAUGGUUUCGGCCACGGGCACCUACCGCCGGGCGCCGUCAGUCACUUCACAGUUCUCCUUACAGCAGCAGCAGCAGCAGCAGCAGCCUCAUAUUAACGGAGGCACUCCUGGUUAUGGCCAAAACUCAAUGUCUGUCGCACCUCCUCCUCCCCCCAUGCCCCAGCUGACUCCACAGAUACCUCUGACUGGCUUUGUGGCCAGGAUGCAGGAGAGCAUCGUAGACACUCCGACUCCACCUCCUCCUCCGCCUCCGGACGACAUGCCCAUGUUCGACGACUCUCCGCCGCCGCCGCCGCCUCCCGUGGACUACGAAGAGGAGGAGGACGCCGCCAUCGUGCACUACAGCGACCCGUACGCCGACGGAGACCCGCAGUGGGCCCCGAAGAACUACGUUGAAAAAGUGGUGGCCAUCUACGACUACAUCAAGGACAAAGAGGACGAGUURACGUUCAUGGAGGGCGCCAUCAUCUACGUCGUGAAGAAGAACGACGACGGCUGGUUCGAAGGCGUGUGCAACGGCGUCACCGGCCUGUUUCCUGGCAACUACGUGGAGAGCAUCAUGCACUACGCCGAGUGAAGCCACGUCGCAGUAAAAGUACUAUUUAUUCAGUCCUGUCUGGUGAAAUACUGACAACAGCAAUGCAACUCCUGAGGCGUGUAGAUCCCAUUCUUUUUAAAGACAGAUUGUUUGCUCUCUUACUGAUUGAAAAUAAAAUGACAUGGAUUUAGUUUAUUUUGGUGUGACUAGGGUUGUGUGGGUGACAUAUAUAUAGAAUAAUCUGCACACGCUGGCUGGAAACAGCUGAAAGAUGUGCGGUGACAUCUUGCCUGAACAAAGAUUUUUCUGAUUUGAGAAAACUUGGAUGAACAUCUUUAGCGUUGAUGGAACAAAUAAAACGCCACAAAAAGCACCUUCAGUUGAAGUAUUUGUAUAUAAAAUGUGGGCUGCAGCCUCAGUGAAUGUUGGCGAUGGCUCCUUCGAUUCAUACAGAAAAAAAUAAACAUCCAUGACUUGUUUUUAAAUACUGUAAACAAAUCCUCCUGAAAUCCMGUUUUUGCAUAAAAGCAUGCAAAUAUAUUGUAAUCUUAAGGUUUUUUUGCCAUUAUGCUUUCAUUUUGUUGUAUUCACCUUUUUUUAAACUGUCGAAAUCACUGAACUUUUUACUCUUAAGUCAAAUACAAGGUUUUUCAUACUAUCACUUUUUUAAAUUAGUAUUUAAAAUUAUACAAAUAAAAUUUUGUUUGUKUUUUCAGUUUUUGUGAAUUUGAAUGUUUUUGAAGCAGAACAAAAUGUUCCAUUUGAUCUUUUUUUCUUUUUUAGUUUUUAUUAAGCCUUGGGGAUGUGUUUACACCUGGGCUGCUGUGAGAACAUGUAAAGUGAGAAAAGGUUGUGGUUUAAAUGAGGAUUUGACCCAUUAGAAUUUUAACUUCACCCAUUAAUUAUACAUUAUUAAAUUAUAAUUGAAAUAUAAACCUA